AUGUCUGAUGAGGAAGACGACUAUCUCUCCGACAAGUUCCUGUUAGGAACUGCACCUGCACCCUCUGCUCCUAAAACCUACGUGGAACGGAGAAGGGAGGCACAGCGGCUCGCGGCUCUCAAGAAUGAAGAGAACAGGACGAAGAGCAGGCGGCAGCGCGAACUGGAGGCACGCGAAGAGGGUCUCAGCAAGAGUCUGUUCGAGCGAGCACAGGAUGAGCAGGCUUCCGGACAGCAGAACAAGGCCCUAGCUAUGAUGCUGAAGAUGGGAUUCAAGCCGGGAGAGUCUCUUGGCCAGAAGGAGGACGAGCCGUCGACCACUGCCGCUGCCCCUCGUGAGGCCACAGCGAGCGAAACGGGCACUCCGGAGCCUGUUGCAGGCGGGUCGAAGCCGCAUGCACAGCAUAGAGUGGAGCCCCUCCCUCUGAACGAAUGGGCAGGUAGGAAGGGAAUCGGCCUGGGGAAGCGUGCGGCUUCGCCCAGCUCGUCCGAAAGGCUCGCGAAGAUGGCAAAGAUGGCGGAGGACAGCAGCAACGACGAUUUCCGUGACCGCGCCCGCCAGGAGUACGAAGAGCGGCGAGCGCAAGGCAGACUUGGGCCCGCUCAGCGCACAUGCGCCACCCUCGACGAGAAAGCCGGCCGUGAGUUCAACAUCCUUUGGCUCAAUCUUGAAAAUCCAGACACCUUCCCGGAGGGUCUUGUCGACGUGUUAGAGGACGCGACUAUUGUCGCGUCGCUCCAGCGGCAACAUGCGGACAGAUCCAUUGAGGGUCGCUUGCGAAUGAAGAUGCAAGCCGACGCGCUACAGCCGCUUACAAAUGAGCUCGAGGAUACCGACGCAUUGUCGGACAAGAAACCAGAGGUGCACAAGACGCCUUAUUCGGAAGAGGACAUCGAGGAAGCGACCCAAUUUCUGCGACUCACUGCGAAGGACAGGCUGGAGUUGGUGUUGGAUUAUCUGCGCAGGAGGUAUUCGUACUGCUUCUGGUGUGGAACACAGUAUGACGACGUGGAGGACAUGGAGAAUAAUUGUCCAGGUCCCGAGGAGGAUGCCCACGAUUGA